AUGAUUGGUACCAUUCCUAUUCAUAAUCCAGACAUAUUUUGUAGUUACAAAAUAUGUACUGAUCAAACAAAUACUUACAUUAUAUUAAAUGAGAAAUAUAGUACUAAUCGUAUUUAUCUACUUGGUAUUUAUACUACCUCGGCGACUAAAACGCUGGAUAUUGAACGUCCAAAAGUUAAAGAAAUUAAAGGGUUUCUAUUAUUAUAUAUAUUUUAUUUAGCCCAACGGAAAUUUGGUCCAUCUUCGAAUUGCAUUGGUUGCUCACGAAAGGCUCAAAUAACAAUCUUGGUUCCUGACAAAUUUCCGAUCAAUGAUGAUGAACUUAAUACAUAUUUCACACGACUAUAUACCAUCGGCAUGAAUUUGCAGCUUAAUUCAUUAUCAGAUCCUGAUUAUAAAACAAUAUUUCGUCGUCUAGUCCAAAUGUCGCUAAGUGAUUUUAAACAAAUAUUGGAAUCUCGAGUGCCAACCCACGUAGCAACAAUAGAAGAAUCAAAUAUGUUCCCAUUACAGGAUGGAAGGAAUAUAACCGAUGAUAUAGCUGCAUGGAAAAAUUCAAAAGAUAACAAUACAGCCCUGGUGCAGUGUAUUACAGAGCUAAUUCAUGUUGGUCCUUAUGAAACAAUGCUCAAAAGUUGCCAGGCAAAACUAAAAGUUAUUGCAAUAGUUGGACGGCAGAGUGGAGAUACAGCAUUUUCCGAAGCAUAA